AAUCCAGGCGGAUGGGGAGUUAGACGGGGAUGUUGGACAUCGUGUUGGAGUGGCUUGGGCCAAAUGGCGGUUGGCCUCAAGGGUGUUGUGUGACCCGAAGAUUUCUCCCAGGAUGAAAGGUAAGUUCUACCGAUCCGUAGUCAGACCUGCUAUGUUAUACGGGGCAGAAUGUUGGGCGGUUAAGAAGAAUCAUGUGCGUCGUUUGCAUGCGGCGGAGAUGCGGAUGUUAAGAUGGAUGUGUGGGAAGACAAGGUUGGAUAAGAUUUCGAACGAAGUUAUCCGACGUCAGGUAAGCAUGGCGCCGGUGGAGGAUAAGUUGCGGGAAGCGAGGUUGAGAUGGUUUGGGCAUGUGAGACGGCGGGAUGUUGAUGCUCCUGUGCGGAGGUGCGAGAGGAUCACGGUUAUCGGGGGAAGUAGGGGAAGGGGUAGACCUAGGAGGAAUUGGAAGGAGGUGAUUAGGCAGGAUUUAGGACUUCUCACCCUGACUGAGGAUAUGGCCUUAGAUAGGAACCUUUGGAGGACUAGGAUUAGAGUAGCUGGUUAGGAGCUCGGUGCUGUAGAGGUUUUUGUAGUGUGUUGUGUUUGUUUGGUAUCUUCUACUUGUGUUGUGUUUGCUAAACUUUUCAUUUCAUUGUACUUGGUGCUUUAUCCUGUUAUAUCCUGUUAUAUCUUGUUAUCAUGUUAUAUUGUGUUCUCUACCAUACUUUUUGUGCAGGUUGAGCCGGGGGUCUCUUGGAAACAACCUCCCUACUUUCAAAUAGGGGCAAGGUCUGCGUACACACACCCUCCCCAGACCCUACUGUAGUGGGAUUCAACUGGGUUGUUGUUGUAUGUAGAUGGUAGAAUAAGUCGUUGGCCAAUGG